AUGCUCAACCAGGCCGUUCUGCUUCUGGCUUUCGCCGCCGCCUCCGCCACGGCCGAGGUCGAGGUCGUCCAUGCCGUGCGCAUCUUCGAGAACAUCAAGCUCCAAAGCCUGCCCGCAAGCAACGUCAUCGUCGCGCGCCAGGACGCGGGCGAGUGCCUCACGUCGGCCAGGUCCAUCCUCGGGUCGGCGCCCACGCCCGCCCCCGACGUCGAGGACGCCGUCGUGUCGCAGACCGAGUCGUGCCUCUGGACCGUGCACUCGUCGCUGUCGGAGGACCUCAUGGAGUACAUGACCGAGCUCGCCGACUGGGCCCAGGGCGCCGAGGGCAGCAUGGAAAAGCUGCUCAAGGACUGCAAGGACCACCUCAAGGUCGACUCGGCCGCCGCCGCCGACGUCUGCACGCCCGCCGGCACCAUCCUGUUCACCGGCUCGGCCAACUCGACCUCCACCGUCGCGCUCGAGACGGCGCUGCCCACCGUCACGGACUCUGGCGACAGCGAGUCGGCCGCGGCGAGAGGCAUGGGCAUGUCCGCUUUUGCCGCGGCUGCCGGUCUCGUCGGUGCUGUUUUCCUUCUGUAA